ACAUGAAUAGAUGCAGUGCGGUUUGCUUUAUAAAAGUAGAGAAGGGAAAGAGACAAGCCUUGACCUUGCCGCUUGGGUGAUAGUGGUAGAGAUAGGGAUGAAACUUCAUAGAAAUCGGUGACACUUUUGGAGGAGCUCGCCGGCAUUUCUGACCUGCCCUUCUAGUUCCGAGUUACCGUCAGCCGUUGACGUCGCGGUUAGGAUCAUGGCGACGCCGAGCACAGCGCCGUUAGGCAGCGCGGUGGCGGUGGCGGUGGUGGGCCCGCAGUUUUGCGCGCCGUACCCGGUGGAUCUCACCGUCACGAAGAAGGCCAUCAGCCUGACGGACGGCGACUUCGCCGUCACGGACGUGAACGGAACGGUGGUGUUCAAGGUGAAGGGCACUUUUCUCAGCAUCAGGGACCGCCGUGUCCUCCUCGACUCCGCCGGCAAUCCCCUCGUCUCCAUGCAACAAAAGAUAAUGUCCGCGCACAGAAGAUGGCAAGUCUAUAGGGGAGACAGCUCCGACUCAAAAGAUCUAUUAUUCAGCGUCAGGAAGUCAUCACUCAUCCAAUUCAAAACAGCGCUCGAUGUGUUCUUGGCUGCUAACACCAGUGAGCAAGCUUGUGACUUCAAGAUCAAAGGAAGCUAUUUUGAGAGGUCAUGCACCAUUUAUCUUGGGGAGUCUAAUACCAUCAUAGCUCAAAUGAGUCGCAAGUACACGGUUAAAAACAUAGUUCUUGGGAAGGACACGUUUGGGGUGACCGUCUAUCCCAAUGUGGACCAUGCCUUCGUCGUGGCUCUCAUCGUGAUUCUUGAUGAGAUUAAUAGAGACAGAGAUGGCUCAGAUUGAUGUCGUUUCAAGCGUUGUGGACUUUGUGUCUGUAAUAAUAAAUGCUUGGGCUUUGUGAGGUGUUGCAUACUAUACCAUAUAUAUAAAACAGCUGGGAAUAAAUACUGUAACCUGAGCCUCCUUGACCUGGUAGCGUGUAUUUUCUUAAUUCAUUUCUUACUGCUUUUCUUUUC